AUGUCUGUGGCUUGGCUUUCCACCGAGGACGACGAUAGGGAGUCCAAAAAGGCCAAGAAGAUGGCCUUACCCAUGCUAGGCUUCUUAGAUGAAGAUAAGGUUGGAACCAUCCAACCCCAAAAUGACGCCCUGGUUGUCACGCUCAGGAUUGGAGGAUAUGAUGUGAAAAGAGUGUUAGUAGAUCAGGGCAGCGCUAUGGAAGUAAUGUACCCUAACCUAUACAAGGGGCUAAACUUAAAACCCAAGGACUUAACGGCAUACGAUUCCCCUCUGGUAAGCUUCAAGGGGAAAACCGUUACUCCAAGGGGCCAGAUUAGACUGCCCAUACAUACAGGUUCGGACGUAGUGGAGGUGGAUUUCAUUGUGGUUGAUGCUUAUUCACCCUACACGGCCAUUGUCACUAGGCCUUGGCUUCAUGCCCUGGGAGCUGUCUCUUCCACCCUGCACCAGAAGGUGAAGUACCUGUCGGAAAGCCAGGUCAAAGAGAUUAUAGGGGACCAGACCAUGGCUAGACAAUGCAUGGUGGCUGCCGUCUCACGCCAACACAAUGUUGAGCCCUCGACCUCUGCUGAAACCAACUUAUAG